AUGUCUGGUAAUUGCUCUGAUGCAUAUUUGCCUUUGUGGCAACUUGCUGCUAACCUUGCUGGAAGAGUUUGCAUUAGUUCAGAAGAAGUCGGCACUAUAGACUCAGAAGAAGUCGAUACCAUAGUAGAAUCUGAACUAGAAGAAAAUAUUAACGAUGAAUUAGAAGGAUGUGGUGACAGUGAAUUAGAAGGAUGUGGUAAUAGUGAAUUAGAAGGAUGUGGUAACAGUGAAUUUGAAGGAAGUGAUAGCGAUGAAAUAGAAAGAAGUGACAAUGAUGAACUAGAAGAAAGUGAAGACAACAAAUUAGAAGGAAACGAUGAUGAACUAGAAGGAAGUGAUGAUGAUGAACUAGAAAAAAGUGGUGACAAUGGUUUAGAAGAAAGUGCUGACGAUGAGCAUGACAAUGAUGAACCUAUUUCUGUAGGCAUUA